AUGGGAAAGGGGGGGAACCAGGGCGAGGGGGCCGCCGAGCGCGAGGCGCCGAUGCCCACCUUCAGCUGGGAGGAGAUUCAGAAGCACAACCUGCGCACCGACAAGUGGCUCGUCAUCGACCGCAAGGUCUACAACAUCACCAAAUGGUGCAGCCGGCACCCGGGGGGCCACCGGGUCAUCGGGCACUACGCGGGGGAAGAUGCUACGGAUGCCUUCCGCGCCUUCCACCGUGACCUUGAUUUUGUGCGCAAGUUCUUGAAGCCCCUGCUGAUCGGUGAGCUGGCCCCGGAGGAGCCCAGCCAGGACCGGGGCAAGAGUCUGCAGAUCACCGAGGACUUCCGGGCCCUGAGGAAGGCGGCCGAGGACCUAAACCUGUUCAAGAGCAAUCACCUUUUCUUCCUGCUCCUCCUGGCCCACAUCGUCGCCAUGGAGAGCGUGGCAUGGCUCACCCUCUUGUACUUCGGAAACGGCUGGGUCCCAACCCUCAUCGUGGCCUUUGUCCUUGCUACCUCUCAGGCCCAAGCUGGAUGGCUGCAACACGAUUAUGGCCACCUCUCCGUCUACAAGAAAUCCACGUGGAACCACAUCGUCCACAAGUUCAUCAUUGGCCACUUAAAGGGUGCCUCUGCCAACUGGUGGAACCACCGCCACUUCCAGCAUCACGCCAAGCCCAACAUCUUCCAGAAGGAUCCAGAUGUGAACAUGCUGCAUGUGUUCGUCCUGGGCGAAUGGCAGCCCAUUGAGUAUGGCAAGAAGAAGCUGAAAUAUCUGCCCUACAACCACCAGCACGAGUACUUCUUCCUGAUUGGGCCACCGCUGCUCAUCCCCAUGUACUUCCAGUACCAGAUCAUCAUGACCAUGAUCGUCCGCAAAGACUGGGUGGACCUGGCCUGGGCCAUCAGCUACUACGCCCGUUUCUUCCUCACCUACACUCCGUUCUACGGCGUCCUCGGAGCCACCCUCUUCCUCAACUUCAUCAGGUUCCUGGAGAGCCACUGGUUUGUAUGGGUCACGCAGAUGAAUCACAUCGUCAUGGAGAUUGACCGAGAGCCCUACCGGGACUGGUUCAGCAGCCAGCUGGCAGCCACCUGCAACGUGGAGCAGUCCUUCUUCAAUGACUGGUUCAGCGGUCACCUCAACUUCCAGAUUGAGCACCACCUGUUCCCUACCAUGCCCCGGCACAACUUCCACAAGAUCGCCCCGCUGGUGAAGUCUCUGUGCGCCAAGCAUGGCAUCCAGUACCAGGAGAAGCCGCUGCUUAGGGCCUUGCAGGACAUCGUCCGGUCCCUGAAGAAGUCUGGGGAGCUAUGGCUGGAUGCCUACCUCCACAAAUGAAGCUGCAGCCCUCGGGGGCCCAUAGGGACGGGGGAGCAAGUUGGGAUGGAUGACAGCCAGAGGGAGGGGUGGGUUUUUGUUCUGAGAGGUGUCCAUGAGGCUGGGGUACAUGCCAGCUCACAGACCCCAUUUUUGGUCUUGCUCCUGUUUUCCUCUCCAUGUUCCCUUUACUUCUACUUCGCUCUCAGUCAGUCCCCCUGGGAGCAGAGAGAGAGGAGGCUGCAGACCUGCCUCCACCCUCUGUCCCUGCACAUCUGCCAGACGUCUGUCCACAGACACACCUGCCCCCUGCAGCCUGGCCUUCGGGCUUCACACUCCUGCCACCCUCCCUCAGCUACUCUUGGGGUGUGUGGGCUGGGUCCAGUCAGGCGGCGAGAUGGCCCCCUGACCCCCUGACCCUGCAGGCCAGCUCCACGCUCUGACAGCACCCACAGUCUGCCCUUUUGUAGGGAGAUGCCUAGUGAUUCUAGGCUGCGGCCUGCUCAGGCCUUGGGCCCAGGAAAAUGUCCUCGCCCCACUGGAGCCCUCUGGCCAGGGCUUGAGCACUUUGUCCCACCACCUUCCACCCUCCUCCCACCUCCAGAGCCUGGGACCUGGGGUCCAAGGAGGCAGACCCGCAGGUGGCUCUGCAGAGGUUGGGGGCCCGGUCAGGGGGCCUAGUCACUCAGUCCCAUCCCCCACCCCGUUCAGAUGUUUGUCCUAGUUGGUAGGCCUCAGAUUCUGUAGCACUCAGACAGACCCUUCUCCAAAGUGCUGUGACCCGCCAGGCAGCCGCACUGGGGCUGCCGGGUGGACAGGCUCUCACUGUCUUCCACUCUGUCGUGUCUACUGGUUUUUUAACCUUUUGCCACAGGAUACAUUCUGCCAGAGUGGCAUUGGGGCUUGGUGUUGUGACAAUCUGCUUCUUACCACCUGCCCCUCAACGCCAGUGGGCUGAGCGCGGCUCACUCACUGAGGCCAUGGUGGCCCCCACUGUCACUGUCAGGGCCACCACUGUUGGGAGGGCAGUGGGGCAGAGAAGGAGGGAGCCCCAGGGGAGGUGACUGUGAGGAGCUGGGUGGUUGGGGGCACCUAACAAGCGAGGGCAACGUGAGAAGUGCGACCAGGAAGAGUUUGGGGCUGGAAGCCUGAGCCGAGGGGACAGGAGAGUGAGGAGUAGGAGCUGAGCCCGCCACCCUGGGGGCGUCCAGAGCUGCUGCAUUUGGAAACCUAACCCACUAACCAGUACUUAGCUUUGGGGCAGGAACAAAUUCAGAGUGGGCCUUGGGGAGGGCAUCUCAGCCCCCAGUGCUGGACAUCCCAGAGGGACUGGUAUCUAGUAUGACAGGCCUUCGAGCUGCCUUGGCCCUGCCUGAGGCCCUGCUGCAGAAAUUACAGAGGCCCAAGGAGCUGCUGUCCCUCCCUAGGCCAAUGGAUCCAUAGGGAACUGAUCUUAAUUUUUAUCAUGUUGCUCCCCCAGCCCUACAUUUUUUGGAAAUAAAAGAGGUAAUUUUAUUCUCACUUC